AAUUUUAUACUUCGUGAUUCAUACUUUGUUGAUAUUAUCGCAGUAUUUUCUCUACUUCCGAUUGUAAUUUUCAUUCAAGUACCGCGAUAAGUAUUAUGUUUUCUGUAAACUGUUUCUAAUAGGCACAUGGCAUGUCGAGAAUAUAAUAAUGAAUCGCUCUCUGUGAAUCGCAAAAAUAAGUCGUAGAAUCUGUCAAACGGGAAUAUUUAUUCACGAAAAUUUGAGAAUUGUGCGUUUAGAAUGUCACAACAAAGUGCUAUCGUACAAGCAACUAAUACAGGCUCGGAUAUGACACCUGUGCUUGGUACUUUACAAUCUGUAGGGCCUAACAAUCAAACUUCACCGGGUUUACCUAAUUUGCAAAGUAGCGGCACUACGACAACCACUAUGCAGUCGCAGACGCAAUCUCAACAAACUCAAUACAUUUCGCAGCCUUCGAAGCAAGUACAACAAUCCUCCACUCCAAGUUCUUUUAGCGAUUUUCCACAAUUUUUAACAAAAACAAGAUUACAAGAUUUGGUAAGGGAAGUAGAUCCUACUGAACAAUUAGAUGAAGAGGUGGAAGAAAUGCUUUUGCAAUUAGCGGAUGAUUUUGUGGAAACAACGGUAAAUGCAGCUUGUCUACUGGCUAAACAUCGUCAUGCAAACACAGUGGAAGUUAAAGAUGUACAGCUGCAUUUAGAGAGAAAUUGGAAUAUGUGGAUCCCUGGUUUUGGUACAGAUGAAGUUCGUCCUUACAAACGAGCUACUGUCACCGAGGCGCACAAACAAAGAUUAGCGCUUAUACGAAAGUCCAUAAAGAAAUAUUAAUCCCUUCGCGAAUUGCAUGUAAUUGAAUAGUUUUGAAGAUUAAAGUCUAUUGCAUUUUA